UCCAGCCCUCCUGCUAGAGCUCGCAGAGAAAAUCCAGUGCCGAUCAAUGCAACCCGGGAUUGUGGGCGAUGCCAGUGAUCACUGCUGUCCAGGAGACUAGAUUUGGAUCCAGCAUGGCGCGGAAGAUCGCGAUCGCGGGGCUAAGAUGGCCGAAUUGGAUGUAGCUCGUGAGGAUGGUAUUCCAGGACACUGCGUUGCUCUCACUCGCCAUGGAGAGGAGGAUCUUUGCCUUGGGCAAAUGCCCAAAAUCCCAAUCAUUGAUGUGUAUGUCCAGAUUGUGGAUGUUCAGAGGUGUGGUGGAUCUUCUCCCAAAUCGCAGUGAAACCGAUCUUAGCGAUGGCCGAUGGGGAUAUGUUGAGUUCACAUCUCUCGAAGCUUUCCACAAGGCAAACCGGUGGCUAAACCAGAGGGGAAAAACUGAGAAGAAGAUCCGCAGCUUGGAAGAGGAAAAGCGCGAGGAAACAGAAGAGGAGAAGCACGAGGAAAAGUCUUGGAGUGUUAGCGCGCUCCGGAUUCUGAUCAGACUCACCGAGCAGCUUUACGAGGAGCUCAACGGCAAAUCCAGCGACCGAGAGAGGAUCAAGCGAGCGCGGAAGAUAAUGUGGCUCCAGAAAAUGCUGUAUAGGAUCUCGAGUGAGAGGAAACCGUGGAAGGAGCUUCAGUCCGGCGAGGUGGUCUUCGUGAAGGAGGCAAAAGAACUAUAUGAUCGUGCAGGGAGAGAUUUUGUUGCCGAAUUCAAGAGGAGACAGAGAGCUGGAGUGAACGAUGAGUGUUUGUUUUGUCGGAACCAUGAUGGCAAGAAGAUGAUCGGCCGGGCUGGAGCGAACUCUAAGACGACUAGACCCUAGGUUUACCUGAGAAGAGAACACGAGAAAACUGUUCUAAGCACGUCGAAGAAACGAGAAAUGAAGCUGGCUCCUAGCUCGAGAAGUUGGCUGCAAGGAUUGGUCAACUGGAGGCCAGUGCUCGGACUCUAACAUCGGAGAAGCCAACUCUCAAGAGUCAAAUCCAGAAGUUGGAUCCGGUAAGGCUGUCCAUGAUAGUAGUGAGGAACGACGUAAACCAGUGCCAGAUGGCUGCAAGAUGGCGAGAAGACAAUAUAGCUGAAGCUGCUUGUGACUGGGGUUUCAGAUGGCUGCGGAGACUAUAAGACAGACUAUGCUAGACGUUCUCUCUCAUCUGGUGGAAUGAGGGAAGUGUUCGGACAGGAGCCCCAGGGGAUAAUGGCUGAUGGAGUCGUGUUGAGAGUGGCCCUGUGCCACGUGGCUAGUCCACGUGGAGAGACACGAGUCUUCACCGGUUCACCAUGUCACACAUAUGUACAUUUUCCAUUCCAUAUAUGCUAUGACAGAUCUUGAGCACCAUCACACGGUUUCACCUUUCAUUAGAUGGUAUUGGAGCAAUGCCUGGGAGAGCAAGAAGAAUUCGAAACCGUAGGAUCAGGGCGACACUUGCUAGGGUGAAUCGGAGCCUCGACAGAGGCGUGCCCUAAUCCAAACGCUCCAGGCCUUGCAAGAGGCACUGGACGACUAAGAACCUGGACCUAGACUUGAACGAGUGGUGGGAUUGGGUGUCAGCACCCAUGGCAGCCACUGUUCCUACAAAUCCGCCUCCAAAUCCACCACCUAUUUCCCCUCCCAUCACAAAUCCGACUGUGCCUACAGCGGAUAUCGUUUCAGUGGACGCAAAUCCACCAAAAUUUGAUGGGAGGAACUGGCGCUUCUGGAAGACAAAAUUCGAAUCCUAUAUGGAUGAACGAGGCCUCUGGGACAUCACCACAGGAACUGAGACACUUCCAGAUACAGCUACAGUGGAUGAAACUGCGAAGUAUCGCAAGAAGGACCGGAGAGCUUUGGGCAAAUUCCAUGCAGCGCUGGAGGGGCGAGAAUUCCAUUGCAUUGGACGGUGCAAGAGUGCAAAGGAAGCGUGGGAGGCCAUGAAGCAGACUUACCAGAUCCCUUCAACAUCCCAUCGCAUAUUUUUACGGAAGCAGCUUCAUGCAUUGGUGAUGGCUGAAGGGGAUGACCUCAAGGAUCAUCUUGCUGGUGUGAGAACCAUCUUAGAUGAUCUUAAGGAUGUGGGAGCAAACAUAGAGGAUGAAGAAGAAGCAGAGCUGGUGCUCGUCACACUUCCUCCAUCCUUUGAUCCUCUCAUACGUAGCCUCACUACCACUGGAACUCCUCUAACCCUGAAUGGCGUGAUCAGUAGCCUCCAGGACGAUGAUCUGAGACGAAGAGCAACAACAGGAUCAGAGGCCGUUGCAUUCU